UGCCCUCCCAGUUUAUAGGGAGCCAACGCUGAACAAGCGAUUGGCAAAUAUUUGAUCGGGAACUUGGUAAAUUCUGUUAAGCGCAAAUAAUGGCAGGGAGGGGACCGGCGUGGAGUUUGGGACGGGAUUGGAAGAGGCCCAGUAGAGUGGGUGUCUGUUUAUGAGUAAGGGGCGCACUUGGUGUUCUCGGGGGCAGGAAGGUGGGCUCUUAACGUGGUGACGUUGGAAGUGCCCCACCAGCAAUUGCGCUCCCCGCCACCACCACCACCACCCCUGCCCCCCAGCCCCGGCCGCCCGCCAGCACGGACCUCUGUUCACGGGAAACCGGCCCGAGGUUGGUGUGCAGAGAGACGCUGGCUGGUGUUGAGCUGCUCCUCCUGACCUGCUGUCGCGGCCCUCUGCCCGCAGGCUUCCUCCCAGCAGCCCAGACGCCCUGGGCCUCGGUCUCCUCGCCUGUCAGACGGGUUGGCGAGGGCACCCCUGUGCUUGACGGGCACGCGUGGGCAGGGGGGGCCCGGGAAGCCGGGGAGGGGCUGGUGCCUGCCUGGAGCGGGCGUGUGGGAGCAGGAACCGGACCGGCUGGCCAAUCCGGAGGCCUCUGCGCAGGUGCGCAGGCCCAGACUCGAUUCCCCCAGGAAACGGGAGCACCAGGGACGAGGUGGACAUGGGGCGUCCGCGGGCGGGCCCCGCGGGUGGGCGGACCAGGUGGUGUUUGGGGUUUGGCCCACCACCACGGGUGGCCUUGUUGAGGCCUGCUGUCCUGUGGAUGACCCCUGUCUUCCUCUCAGAAGUGUCCCUGAGCAGGGUCGGAGGACGGGGACAGGACCUGGCAGCUGCCUCGGAGGGCCAUCAGGGUGAGGAGAGAAGGCCCGUGUGUGUCCCCAGCCUUGUGCACCCGCACCUUGUCCUCCACACAGAGCCGCUGGGGAGCAGGCUGGGCCCCCACCCACCCGGCGUGCUGUGCUGCUGCCGAGGGCGCCCAUUUCCCCCGCUGCUGCCGAGGCCCAGGGAGGCUCAGCCCUGCGCCUGGAGUUGAGACCCAGGGGCCCAGAGAUGAGGGCUGCCCCACAGGGCGGGAGUCUGGGGGUGCAGCAGGGGGCUGAGCCCCGGAGGGGCGGCUGGACGAGGGGUGCCAGACAGAGCCACACUGUGGGGCUCCCCGGCUGCACCUCCAAGCCUCCCGGCGCCGUUGGAGGCUGAAGUGAGGCGCACCCCCGGCAGGGUGGGCCCAUGUGUCACGUGGAUGGGCGCUUGCCGGCACUUAGCGGGCCCCGGGUGAUGCGAGGCCCCGGGACGGUGCUGCACCCCGGCAUUCAGCAGCAUGCGUGGGGCUCACAGACGCUGGGGAGGACAGAGGGGCAUGAAUGCGCUUUGUGUGGCAGCUGCUAAGACGCAGAAGAGAGUGCUGCGGGGCAGGGGCACUGGCCCACGGGUCUGGUGGGCCCAGUGGCAUCUGAGGAGGGUUGCCCCUGGGGUCUGCGGGCUGGUGAGGUCAGGCUGGGAGCACGAGGGGCUGCAGGGGCGUGGGGAGUCUCGUCAGGUCUGUAUCUGGACCUGAGCUCACAUACCCCCCGCAGCUCUGCGCCCCAACCUUUUCUGGGGGCCCUGGGCCCGCCGAGGCCAGCAUCUCUCCAGCUCCCACCUCAGCGUCCCCGGCUUCACCACACACGCCUGGCUGGGGACCCUGGGUCUGCACGUGGUGUGAAAGGGCGCGUGAAGGGUGAGGCCUGUCUCUGAGGGCCCCAGCUGGCCGAGCACAGGGAGCAAACGCUCAGUAAACGUAGCACUGUAGCACUCGUCUGCCGGUCGGCGGCUGUUGCCGUGGUGAUGAUGACUGGAUGGCCCUCUUGCCGGCCAUCUCCUCAAGAUGAGGAGUCUUCGGCUAGGAACAGAUGGGGAGACCGAGGCUUGCAGCCGGGAGGUGAUGUUUGAGCAGACCCAGCUUCCAAGAGGGAGCAAGCCAGGAUUACAUCUGCCCAAGAUGCGAGUCUGGCUUUAUCGAGGAGCUUCCAGAAGAGACCAGGAGUGCAGAGAAUGGCUCGGCCCCCUCCACAGCCCCCGCGGACCAGAGCCGGCAGCCGUUCGAGGCCGACGACGGCAGGGACCCCGAGAGCCGGCGGGAGAGAGAGCAGCACUCCCGGCACCGGUACGGCGCCCGGCAGCCCCGCGCCCGCCUCACCGCGAGGCGGACCACCGGCCGGCACGAAGGCGUCCCCACGCUGGAAGGGAUCAUCCAGCAGCUGGUCAACGGCAUCAUCACCCCGGCCACCAUCCCCAACCUGGGCCUGGGCCCCUGGUGAGUAGGUGGGGGGGUCCCCCUGUGCCCUGUCCGGCCCCUCUGCCACUUGAACCCCAGACUUCUUUGCCCAGGGGCGUCCUGCAUUCAAACCCAAUGGACUACGCCUGGGGGGCCAACGGCCUGGAUGCGAUCAUCACGCAGCUCCUCAAUCAGUUUGAAAACACGGGUCCCCCACCCGCAGACAAAGAGAAAAUCCAGGCCCUCCCCACCAUCCCCGUGACCGAGGAGCACGUAGGCUCCGGGCUGGAGUGCCCCGUGUGCAAGGACGACUACGGGUUGGGCGAGCGCGUGCGGCAGCUGCCCUGCAACCACCUCUUCCACGACGGCUGCAUCGUGCCCUGGCUGGAGCAGCACGACAGCUGUCCCGUCUGCCGAAAGAGCCUCACAGGACAGAACACGGCCACCGACCCCCCGGGCCUGGCGGGCGUGAGCUUCUCCUCCUCCUCGUCAUCCUCCUCCAGCUCGCCCGGUAACGAGAACCCAGCCAGCAGCUCCUGAGCGUCCCAGCCGACCCCCAGGGCGAGCACCGGGCUGCGGGUCGGGACUGCGGAUGCCGCGGACUCCCGCACCCCUCGCGCCCACGGACUGCGGUGCCGCCGGGGGCCCCCCCCCCCCCCCGCGGCACAGGCUUGGAGGACCCGCCCCUCCCGGCUGCUGAGGGAGCCCGGCCUCCCCAGGGCCGGGCGGGCCAGGCUAGGCACAUGCCGCCUGGGGCGUCUGACUCCCUUCCUGUUUGUCUCUGACCUCACCCUCUACGUGUUCGACGGCAGAAAGGUUUUUAUAAUUUUAAAUUAUUACUGCUUUGAAAUAAAUGGACGUUUGAGCUCACUCGCGGCCCUGCAUGAUCUGUGGAGAGACAGGGUGGAGUCGCUCGGCUGGGGUCCCAACCGCGUGGACAGGCCGUUGCGCCCCACUCCAAGCUCGGGGCCCCGGGACCACCAGGAUGACCAGCAAAACAAGGACGAAACUGCUCUGACAGACGUUUUUUAAAGGAGAAAAUAUGUGUAUCUUGAAAGCUAUUUAAAAAUACAUCUACUUAGAAAGAAAA